AUGAGCCAUAUGGAAUGUCCCACUCCUCCAGGAUUCGUAGAGAAUGCAGGAUUUCGUCCAGGAUUCAAUUUUCUUGACAUGCUUGAGUUUCCUUCACAAUCAUGGCACAUUUGGGGUUGGGGAGUUUCACUUGUAUUUGCUGCUGCAACGUGGAUAGCUGCAUUGGUAUUGAUAUGGAAGCACUAUUUAGCAUCCUUGAAUGUCAAGUCUUAUGAAUUCGUAUUCGUAUUUUCAAAAAGCGAUCCAAAAACACAGAGACACAAGCUUCGUGUAAUAUUAUACCCGCCAGUCUAUUCGACACUGUCAUGGUUUUCUUAUCUUCGAUAUGAUUAUUCGACAACCAUUGAAUUUUUCGCCACUGUGUUCGAAGCAUUUGCUGUAUACAACCUUUACACCUGUCUUCAGGCAUAUCUACAGCCUUUUCGUAAAGAAGCAGAGAGGACGAAGGAACCAAUGACAGCAAGGAUGUUUCAUAUGUUUACUGUCCAUGUAAAAUCAAAAUGGGGUAUGCAUUACCGAAUCAUCACAGACAUUCUCGUCUUACAGUUUCCCAUAUGGUCUAUUAUAGACUCCUUUAUUUCAAUCUUUGCCGAGUACAAAGGUGUAUAUUGCCAAGGAAGCUAUUCUUUUAGAGGAGCUUAUGUGUAUCUGGUUAUAAUCAACUUUAUUUCACUGUCAGUGAUUCUCAGUGCACUAUUCACUUACUUGGCGAUCUACAGAAAUGAGUGGUUCGAAGGAAAAAUCAAAGCACAUGGCAUGUUUUGGUGUGUAAAAGGCCCAAUCAUGUUUAUCUUUUAUUUUGGUCAAAUACUCCUAACUGGUCUUACGAGUGCAAAGGUUAUACGGGGCACAGACGGAACUAAUUCAGCAGAUUCGGUUGCAUGGCCAGCCGAUGCAGUCAAACAUGGACUGUAUGUUAUUAUUGUCUGUACAGUAAUGGUGGUCGACAUUGGUCUUAUGUUUAAAUAUUUUGGGCCGACUGAUAAUAUCCAACAUGCUCGUGAAAACGGAACAGAGAAAAUGUCGGUGUGGCGGGCCAUCACCGAUGGAUACCUAGUCUAUAUCCCAGAAUUUUUUUACAAUCUGCUAUGCUGUGGUGCUGACUCCUAUCGUUUAAUGCGCAAACGAGUUGAGCUUAGAAAGAGAAAGAAUAGAGAGAAGAUGAGUUUAGGUAGGAGCAACUCAUCUUCAGCUGGGAAUCAUUGA